GACAAAGUUGCUCCUCGUACUCUGCUAUCGUUCUUUCAAACAGCCCAAAUAUCUCUUCAGCAGCCGCAGUUAGUCGCUGCUUCACCAACGCUCUCAGCAUUUGGACUUUAUACAUCUUCACAGUCUCUCCGUGAUGCUAAUUCCGCUAACAGCUAGCAUGCUAAGCUAACUCCAGUAGCUCUGUAGUCCACCGGGAGAUACGUCUGAGUUAAAAACAUUCAGAGGAUCUGCUGGAGUUCAUCAUACUUUUUACUAGCUACAAACAUACUCUUUCACCAGCUGAGUUGAACCAGCGAGCCGCCAUUUUGAUUAAAAAACAACAACAAUCCGCUGCGGGAGAGAAAAACACUUCUGGGUCACCGGCCCUUCAAAAUUAAACGCACAGGGUUCAUCCCAUUAUCCCUCCUUGACCCCUCGACUCCUCCGUCCUCUAUCCUCCAUCAAUUGACCCGGAAAUCGAUUUAGACUCGCCAUCUGGUAGGACGUCUCAGUUCGUUAAAUGCACUCGUUGGAGUCGAGGAGAGAGGAGGCUUUCAGAGGAGAGGGAAGUGAGGAUGCACGAGUGCAGCCUUCACAGAAGUCUUGUACCGACUGACACACCCCCUGAUUGGAUAGCAGUUAUUGAUUGGACAGCUGAUCGGACUGAUCUGAUCCAUCAGUUUCAUACAGACACAUAAGAGAUUAAACUCAGUGUGUCACUGACAAGUUGGAUAUUUGAUUUGUUUUCUGAUUCAUGAACUUAAAAAUCUGAACAAGAAACAAACGACUCUCUGUCAGGCGGUAUUGGGCUGAACCCCUGCUUAUCAAUAAACAUAAACCGGAUGUAUUCUUAAUCAAUAAGUUACUUAACAGGAAACGCUUGAAAAUGUGUAGAUUAUUGACGUUGUGCUGGUCAGUAUGUUUUAUUCUAACAGUCCGCUGGUGGAGCCGGAUGUUAUCUCUCCGGGAAGGGGGCGGAGCGACUGGGCAGCUGUAGCCGUCUGACAGGGCUCGAGGAGCGGCUGCUAGAGGCGCGAGACACCCCUCAGCCCGGUUCUCUGUCCUCUGGGGAAGAUGUGUAAAGUCCAAAUGCUGAGAGCGUUGGUGAAGCAGCGACUAACUGCGGCUGCUGAAGAGAUAUUUGGGCUGUUUGAAAGAACGAUAGCAGAGUACGAGGAGCAACUUUGUCGCUCAAAAGAGGAGAACGAGCGACAACGGAAACUACUGGAGCUCCGCGCGGGACCGGAAAUAAACAGAGCAGAUGUCCGCAAAGUUUCCGAGAGUAAAGAAGAGGUUCCCCCUGAGCAGCAGGAGUGGAGCUCCAGUGUGGACCAGGAGGACCCAGAGCCCCCACACAUUAAAGAGGAAGAGGAGGAACUGUGGAGCAGUCAGGAGGGAGAGCAGCUUCAAGGGCUGGAGGAGGCUGAUAUCACCAAGUUCCCAUUCACUCCUGUCCCUGUGAAGAGUGAAGAUGAUGAAGAGAAACCUCAGUCUGAGGGACACCACUGUGGAGGACCAGGACCAGUGCCCGAAGGAGGAGUGCGACCAUUACCCGGAGACUCUGAUCCAGAUCCCGAUGACAAGACCGGAGACUCUUCUGAAGUUGAGACUGACGACAGUGACGAUUGGACGGAGACCGGAGAACUUCAGUCAGGUUUAAACUCUGUGAAAAACGAUGACCUACCUGCCAGCUAUUCGAGACGUAGUGCUGAUGAGAAGCCGUUCAGCUGCUCUGAAUGCGGGAGAACAUUCGGUAAAAGCGGCUACCUGAAGCGACACAUGAGAUCUCACACAGGAGAGAAACCAUUCAGCUGUCCAAUGUGCAAAAUGUCUUUUGGACAAAGCGGAUGUUUGAAGCGACACAUGAGGAGCCACAAAGGCGAGAAACCGUUCAGCUGCUCCGUUUGUGAGAAAAGAUUUUUGCGCCGAGGAGACCUGAAGAGACACACGAUAACUCACACGGGAGAAAAACCAUUCAGCUGCUCCAUUUGCAGUAAAGGAUUCAUCCAGAAGGUUCAUUUGAGACAACACAUGACACGUCACACGGGGGAGAAACUUUUCGCUUGCAGCAUUUGUAACCAAAGAUUCACCUGGCUUUACCAGCUCAGGAACCAUCAGUGUGUCGGGCGUCAGUCGUCACAGGUUUUCCAAACUGAGGAGAACAGAGGGGCGGAGCCUCCAGCCAGCAGCUUAACUCAACAGAGACAACAGAUGGGAACAGAAGCUGAUGGAGAGGACUGUGGAGGACCAGAACCAGCCAGGAACUCGAAUCCAGAUUUACAACCAGAUACUGAUGACAAGACCAGAGACUCUUCCGAACUGACGACCAAAUUUCCCUUGUGUGAUGUCGGAUUAAAUAAUGGCAAGAAACUGUUUAGCUGUGCCGAGUGCAGUAAAACAUUCGGCCACAAGACACACUUGCGGGAACACGUGAGAGCACACACAGGAGAGAAACCAUUCAGCUGCUCAGUCUGUAACAAGUGGUUUUCGUGGAGGACGCAGUUACAGAGGCACAUGAGAGUCCACACAUCGGAGAAACAACAGCUGGAGUGUUUGUGACUAAAUGUUCAGUAGUAGGCCGACUUGGUGAGUCGUCACUGCACCAGGAAAACCAAUCACAGUCUUCAUGAGGUUUUAACAGUCCUGAAUCCCUUUAAGAGAUGGGACAUGAUCCUGAGAGACACAUUCCCGGCGGUGAUGAAGUCAUAUGGACCAUCUGCUUCGACACAUUAAGGCCAAUUUGUGCUUGGGUUUCCUCCAGGUGCUCCGACAUGUUCUCCCUGUGUCAGCGUGGGUUUCCUCCAGGUGCUCCAGCUUCCUCCCACAGUCCAAAGACAUGCAGGUUAAUUGGUGACUCUAAAUUGUCCGUAGGUGUGAAUGUGAGUGUGAAUGGUUCUGUCUCUAUGCGUCAGUCCUGUGAUAGUCUGGUGACCUUACGGACACUAUAACCAUUAAAAAAUUGAGUUUAACACAUUAAAUGACUGACUGUGGCUGUUGUGUGGCUGUCAUUUUGAUUUCAGUAAAAGUAUAAAUCAGGAAAAUAUAAUGGUAGAAUUAAAGUAUUAAAAGUUUUAAAAUAUC